CUAAAUGUUGUCUGGUUUCUGUUUCUACUUUGCAAGUUUUUCUUCUUCACCACUAUCACAACAUAUCUUUCUCCUUGUUCACUGCACCUUCCUCUUCUUCAUCACCGCCGCAACAUAACUUUCUCUUUGUUGUAAAAGAUAUUCUCCACUGCAACACAACCUAUUUAACACUGUGAGAACCACCACUGCAAUACAGUUUUAUCACCGACACGAGAUCCACCGCCGCAACAUAACUUAUUUACUGCUCCGAGACCCACCACUGCGACACGGCCUAUCUACCGUCGCGAGAACCACCGUUGCAACACAACCUAUUUAUUACUGCGAGAGCCACUUCACUCAUAGUCUUGCCGCCGUCACUGCCACUUGAAGUAGUUCUUUUUUUUUUUUUUACAAAACUUCUAAUUUUCAAUCUUAUUUAUUCAAAUUCUCGAUAAUCAAAUUUUAAUUGGUGAGUUUUCACUUCUUCAAAUUUUCUUUGAUUGGUUUUAUGCUUGCAGCAUCAAUGAAGCUAAUAUUGUUACCAAACUCAAUUUUAGGUCAUUUUCUUGUUGAAUUGUUUACGACACUUGUUUGAUGUAAUUUUCAAGGACCACCUCCAUAUUUCCCGAAUUUGAGUUUGUUCUUCUGAGUGAAGCUUGUAGUCAUAAGUAUGAUGUUUGUGCUCUUUUGUCUGUGAGUGUUGAACCAAUUAUAUAUGUGUUUAUUUAUUGAGAGUAUUUAAAAUUUUUUCCAAGACUGUAUCUUGCGAAAUAAUUUUAGUAACUUGGUAUUGCUUCAUAUAUGUUAAAUAUUGCUCCUCAAUAUAGCCUAUGUUGUUUUGAUUUGUCUGCUCGGAUUUUCCAAUAAUAACCUGUUGUAAAUAGGUGACUUUGGCUCUUCACUUGUUAAUUUUUGAGCCAACCAUGAAUGGGUUUGUUUGUAGAAUAUUUGUUGAUGUGCUUAUGAAGUUUUGUUCUUCUGAAGUUAUUAUUUGGUUAGCAAAGACUGCUUGAGUAUACUUAUUAGUAAUAUUUGUUAUGAAAAUAACAUGGAUGGCAUAUUUGGUGUAAGAAAUAGAGAAAGAAUAUCGGUACCAUUUGUCGAAUAGUUAUAGGUGGUAUGGAGGUAAAAGGAGAAAAUUUUAAAUAUUCGUAUUUGUGUACUUUAGCACUUAUGUUAAAACUAUGUUAUUUAUUGUGAUAGGGACUAGGAGACGUGUCAACGGAAACAGAUGAGACUACUGUUGAUGAUAUUAGUGCUAAGGAUGGAGAGUCUAUUGAAAAUACUAUAAAUAUUGAUAGUAUGAAGGAUAUUCUUAGUAUGGACCUGAAAAGACUAAGUCCCCAUGAGACAAGAAAAAUUCACUUUUCAAGUCUGGACAUGGCUUAUGCGUUCUACAACCAGUAUGCUAAAAUGAACGGGUUUGCAAUUUGCAGGAGCAAGAUCCUUCGAAGCAAGAAAGGAGAAAUAUUACAACGGGCAUUUGUUUGUCACAGACAGGGUUUUAGGGAUUUGAUUGAAAACAUACCACAUGCCAUUUUUAAGGAUCCAUUCAGAAGGGGUAACCAUAUCUUGGUUAUGUGUGAUGCAUACACUCCUGCUGGAGAACCAAUUCCCAGUAACAAAAGACACGCAGCUGCCAAGGUUUUCAGCCAUCCUGAUGUUGUUGCUGAGGAAACAUGGUAUGGUAUUAAACAAGAAUACACCUUGUUGCAGAAAGACAUCAAUUGGCCUCUUGGUUGGCCAGCUGGUGGUUAUCCUGGACCUCAUGCUUUUAGUCAUGACAUUUUUUAUGCUCAUUGCAAAGCCUGUCUUUUUGCCGGCAUCAACAUCAGUGGAAUCAAUGGAGAAGUGAUGCUUGGUCAGUGGGAAUUCCAAGUUGGUCCAUCAGUUGGUAUCUCUGCUGGGGACGAGAUAUGGGUUGCUCGUUACACUUUGGAGAUAAUCAUUGAGGUUGCUGAUUUAGUUCUUAUCUUUGACCCUAAACCAGUUAAGGGUGAUUGGAAUGGUGUUGGUGCUCACACAAACUAUAGCACCAAGUCUAUGAGAGAAGAAGGUGGAUAUGAAAUCAUCAAGAAAGCAAUUGAGAAGCUUAGGAAGAGGCACGCCAAGCACAUUACUGCUUGUGGAGAAGGCAAAGAGCGCCGAUUGACAGGGAAACAUGAAACAACUGACAUUAAUACCUUCUCAUGGUUGCAAUUGCCAAAUCACAUGAACUUUUUCUGUAUCGCAGUUGAAAAUAAGAAUUCAUUGGAUAGUUCAAUAGGAAAAAAAAGGAAUUUGGAUCUCUUCGUAAAACCCCGACAAAUCUAGUUGUUCUUGAAGGUGACUGCUAAGAUACUGGUGGUGAUGGAGGGGAGUUGGAUUCUUAUCUGGUAUUUUAAUCAAUUGGAGUUGUUAAUAUAACAGUGUUUGUAUAAUUUUGGUGACUAAUGAUAUGAUGAAUUGUUGCAGCUGUCUACCACAGACUUGUACCUAUAUUUUAUUUUAUUGGACGCGUCUGAUGUUGUUGCAGUUAAUUAGUAUAUGAAGGGGGAAAGUUGGUACGACAUAUAAUGGUACUAACAGAGCAACCUCAACUCGUGAGGCUUUCUUUCUCCUAGACGUUCUAGUGGAGAUGCUCAUAAAUCGAUUGCGAAGAUUCAGUUUGCUAAUAUCGUGUUCUCUCCUAAAAAUAUUAAUUUUGAAGACAACGAAGCUCGGCUAAGUCCUACGGCCUCUGCUGGUUUUGUAACACUUCAAUACUUGUCAUACUUUUAUUUUGUUUAGAAAUGAAGGUUGUGAUAAGGAAGGGUUGUCUUCAGGUCCCGAUUAUAUGGUAGAAGUUGUUGUUCAUGUCAAGAGUUAGAGGGGCAUACUUUAGUUAGUGUAGUAUCCUUGGGAGUGGUCAGUGAUAUGGUUGCAUUUGUUUUGAAGUGGUUGCAUCUUAGCCUUGGAUUUAUCGCAUAGUUGCUUUUCAGCUAAGGUUUUUCGUGCAUGUGGUGCAUUCACGCUUGGUUCUUUGCUUGAGGCGUUUCUUAUCGAUAGCUUUGAUUUGGUUGUGUGUAGAAUCCUGUUUAUCAAUGUUUGUAUGUAUUUGAGUAGCUGUGAUUAAUUUUGGGGUUGGAUUAGCUUGGGUGGAGUUUUUGUCAUAUAGUAGUAUGAAUGUAACAUAUUGUAAAUUAUAAAUUGAAAUUGUCUUUAAUAUUACUUUUAUAUACAAUACUUUAAUAGACAUAUCUAUGCUAAUAAACUAACAAAUUUUCUUAACAUUCAUGACCCAUUUUCUUCAGACGAACAGUGUUGAAGCGUGUGUUCAGUAAGGUAGACUGGAAAAAAUUGAUAUCACUGGAAUAGAAAAUUAACUUCUAAAACUAUCAUUCUUGACUAGUUCUACCUUAUAAGAGUUCAUUGAAGUAGCCUAAAUUUUCCUAAAUUGAAAUCGGCGAAAGUAUGACAAUCGGGCUACAGUAACAACUCUACACUAACAUAUGACAUUAAUUACUAAAAUUUCCAACAUUUUUGAUAUCCAGGAGACCUCUUGGAAGUGGCUAAAAUCAAAGGUUGGGGAAUCAUGUUGUUAUAAUGUAUUCCCCAACCUUAAACCUUCCACCUCCCGCAACAUGAACAUCUAUCACAACACGCA